AUGGCGGGGAUGCGGAGCGAAAACACCCUCGCUAACAAGGUUAUUGGACAGACAGGAGUCGGUAAGUCAACUUUUAUUAACUUCAUUCAGGGACUUAAAACGGGAGAGGAGGGUGCUGCUGAUACUAAUAUCAGAGAAUGCACGAAAACUAUCAAGUCUUACAACCAUCCUAAGAACAAAAAUACUAGUAUAGUAUUUUGGUAUUUACCUGGAGUUGGAACGGAGAAUUUCAAACGGGAAUACUAUGAUGAUACAGUCCAACUAGCAAAUUAUUACUGUUUCCUUAUAUUUUCAUCAGAGCGAUUUUUAGAAGACGAUGAAUGGCUGGCAAACACUAUAAACAAGAUGGGUAAAAAGUUUUACUUUGUAGGAACCAAAGUAUUGAAUGAUAUUUCCAAUGAGGCAAAAGGGACUGGUGCAAUUCCACUUCCAGGCUUGAAUACGGUCGUGGAUUUUGUUGUAAUGCUGACAGAAAUCAUGUUGUACAGAGAACAAUUUGGUUUGACCGAAGAUGCAAUCAAAAGAAGUGCAGAAAUGCUAGGAGUGCGCAAGGAAGAGCUGAAAAUGGAACUUCAAAUGACAGAUUUGAUCAUGAAUUGCACAGUGAAAGGGUAA